GAUCUCGAGACGGAGCUGAUGAAGGAGGAGAAUCGCCUCAGGGAUGUCCAAGACUCGGUGCAGGAGAAGGGGCAGAUGGGGUUCCUGAGAAUGGCGGCCCAGGUGGACAACUUCCGCAAGUCGAGCGGGGCCGGGACAGGGGACUACGAGGCGGACGCGAAGGCCGCCGUGCUGAGGGCGAUGCUACCGGCGUUCGAGCCGUUUGAGGCCGCGGAGGAGGCGCUCAACCUCGAGACGGAGACCGAGGUGAAAUAUAACAAGAGCUACCAGGCGUUGUACCGACAGCUCAAGGACGUUUUCACCAAGGUCGGCGCGACCGACUUCUUCGGCGUGGUGGGGGAGAAGUUCGUCUACACCCGACACGAGAAGGCGUCCGAGGAGUACAACCCCGUGAUGAAGGAGGGGUUGAUCAUCAAGUGCGUGUCCCCGGGACUUGAGCUCAAGAAGAACGUGAUCCGGAAAGCGGUGUGCGUCGUCUCCCUGGGGCCCGAGAAGAAGGAGGAGCCCAAGGAGGAAAAGGAAGAAGCGGCGGCUCCGGCAGCGGCGGCGGCGGAGGGGGAAGCGGCGGCUGAGGCCGAAGAGCCCCCGAUGCGCGACGCCGGGGUCGACGCUGCCUCCCCCGAGGGGGAGGAGCCGGAGGGAGAGCAGGCGGCCGCAUGAGGAUCAUAGGGAUAUUGUGGUCGUGAUUUCGUUGGUUAUUCUCGUGUUCGGCAUGUCGCGUGUCUAGAGUGGAUGGAUGGAGGUCGGGUGAUGUCGUUCGCUAUGAUCGUGUACGGUGUUUCACGUGGUUAGCGUGGAGGUUUGGGGGGGAGGUGGGGGCGGGGUCGACACGCGCGUGGGAAGAGGAUGAGGUUGGUCAACUUCUGUGAUUUAGUAGCCAUGUUUGUUUUCACGUUGGGAGUUCUCUGCUUGGUGCGAGCCACGAAGGAGCGGCAGGGGGGGGUACACGGUUGUUGUUUUUUUAGGAGUAACCAGAAAUGGGUAUACCCGGAUAGAUUAUCACCAUUUCAGGGUACACUUGGAAAUCAAGACGACACCAAUCUCCGACAGCAUCCGCCGUAGAUCGCGGCGAAACCAAUAAACCGCUGUCUGUGUCCUGUGUGUCCUGUGCCUCGGAAGCAUGAUGCACGAGGCAGGUCGUGCCCGUUUUUUUCUCUCUCUGUGCCUCUCUCUCUGUGCUUUUACUGAUCAGUACCACACCGAAGUACUCGCGCGUCAAGCGAGUCCGACCCUCUGUUGAGAAGGGCCGGUAUCCUAUGGAGGCGGUGCCCAUGAACGAUGAACAAGCGAGCGUUGUCGGUGGUUUGGUUGUGGUUAUGUAUGUGUGG